UUUUUUUUCCAUAUAUCUGAUAACCACUCAUCCCCUAGGUUAACACCCUAUAUGUUGCAUAACUGAUCCUGAUCCCUAGAUCUACGCCACAGUGCUUACGCAAGAGCAUAAUGGCUCUACUAUAUAGUUCAGUACACGCCAGUGCGUCAGCAGCUCUCCUUAGUUUCUUUACUGUCACUAGUUAUAUGCCACGUUAAGUUACCAGUAUCACAACACCCUAACCGCAGACUGAUUAAUGACCAAUCAUCCAAGGCCCCAUGUGUGCCAUCACUCAGUCCUGUUCUCGAGAAAGUCGCUUUCUAUACAGAUUGGCCUUGUUCCAGCAGUGGCCUAGCACCGCUGUACAAAUAUGGGGGGUUUGAAUCAGCCAAACCUGUCUGGUGUUCAUUUCACCAUUACCGAAGCAAUUGGGCUGAUCAAUAGGCUCCCAGAGCUACAGCCAUUAGUACUCCCCCUGAAGCCUAGCCAUGACGUGAACGAGCGAAGUGUUGUCUUCGACGCCGAAAUCAAGCUACUCCAAGAAAAUCACAAGCAAACAGCGAGUUUGCGGCUCAGAACACUGGGGAUUGGUCCAUCGAGAUACUCCACAGCGCUAAUUGCUGCACAGCACAUCCUGCUACUGGCCAGUAUCUUCAAGCCCGUCUAGCCCAUAGCAAUCCGCAGGCCAAAAAAAGCGCGAUGCAACCACGCAAUUGCUUCGAUGGCAACGGUGACGACAGAAUCCAAUGCAUAGAUGUUUCGCUAGUUUGAAUGCAGCGGCUGGGGGACGUGGUUGGAUGUAGCGGACAUCAAGACACCCCUGUAAUGUUUAUGCCGUAUAUGCUCUUGGGAACAUGCUAUUUUUAUGUGCGGU